GCUUGUGGGGUUAUAGUGGAACUAAUCAAAAGCAAGAAAAUGGCUGGCAGAGCUGUGCUGUUGGCAGGACCUCCUGGAACUGGCAAGACUGCUUUGGCUUUAGCUAUUGCUCAGGAACUGGGAAGUAAAGUUCCCUUUUGUCCUAUGGUUGGAAGUGAGGUCUAUUCUACUGAGAUCAAGAAAACAGAAGUUCUAAUGGAAAACUUCCGACGUGCAAUUGGGUUGAGGAUUAAAGAGACCAAGGAGGUUUAUGAAGGAGAAGUCACAGAACUAACUCCAUGUGAGACUGAAAAUCCUAUGGGGGGGUAUGGCAAAACCAUCAGCCACGUAAUUAUAGGACUCAAAACUGCAAAGGGAACCAAGCAGCUGAAGCUGGACCCAAGCAUAUUUGAAAGCUUGCAGAAGGAGCGAGUGGAAACAGGCGACGUUAUUUAUAUUGAAGCAAACAGUGGAGCCGUCAAGAGGCAAGGCAGGUGUGAUAUCUAUGCUACGGAAUUUGACCUUGAAGCUGAAGAGUAUGUUCCCUUACCAAAGGGUGAUGUGCACAAGAAAAAGGAAAUUAUUCAGGAUGUCACCCUGCAUGACUUGGAUGUGGCCAAUGCUCGACCUCAGGGUGGGCAAGACAUCCUUUCUAUGAUGGGACAACUGAUGAAGCCAAAGAAAACUGAAAUUACUGACAAACUUCGAGGAGAGAUAAAUAAGGUGGUAAACAAAUACAUUGAUCAAGGCAUCGCAGAGCUAGUCCCAGGUGUACUCUUUGUAGAUGAAGUUCACAUGCUGGAUAUCGAAUGUUUCACAUACCUGCACCGAGCACUGGAAUCUUCUAUUUCCCCCAUUGUCAUUUUUGCUUCCAAUCGAGGAAACUGCGUUAUCAGAGGCACAGAGGAUGUAGUGUCUCCUCAUGGAAUACCACUGGACCUGCUGGAUAGAGUGAUGAUUAUCCGAACCAUGCUGUAUACACCCCAAGAAAUGAAGCAGAUCAUAAAACUUCGUGCUCAGACAGAAGGAAUUAAUAUUAGUGAAGAAGCUCUAAACCAUUUAGGGGAAAUUGGUACCAAGACAACCCUAAGGUACGCUGUGCAGUUACUGACCCCAGCUAACCUGCUUGCCAAGAUUAAUGGGAAGGACAGCAUUGAGAAAGAGCAUAUUGAAGAAAUAAAUGAACUUUUCUAUGAUGCCAAAUCCUCAGCAAAAAUCUUGGCUGAUCAGCAGGAGAAGUACAUGAAAUGAAGAGCUUAUGUUAGAUGCUUUGAAGUGGCUUUAACCCUUACCCAGGGCUGGCUUAGUUGUUGAAUGAGAAGUGUUAAUGGUUUGUCUCUUUUGGGACUGAAAAAUAUCUAAAUGUUGGACUGCUUUGUCAGGCCAGAGUUCACUAUCAAGUGUUCCUAUUUCAUUAGCAACAAUAAGAUGCUCCGUGAUGUCUGUGUAACAUCUUAGUCUCCCUUUUAUGAGUAUAUAUGAAAUUAAUAGCUCUUGACCCGUCAGUUUUGUCUUUAGAUUUCAUUACAGAAAAGCUCUAACUGAAAUUGAUGAUUAAAACCAGUCUAUUUUCUUUACAAAUGUUGUUUUAAAAUAGUUUCCUUUUACAGAUGAGAAUUUUUUUUUUUUGAAAUAAGGUUUGUCUGAACUGCUUUAUAAUAAAAUAUUUCAAGAAUAUUGGAAA